UGGUCUAGUCUGCGCAGGUAGUUGAGGAGUCACUGAGGCCACAUCUGUUGGCAGUAAACAAAACCUUUCUUUUACCCCACCGGGACCCUCCUGAGCUCUCCAUGGACUACCACAGCUGUAGUGUACUGUAUUCUGUAUUUAAACGAUGAGCCGUGUUAAAGUUGUUGUGAGGAAGUUGGUGAACUGUGCUGUUGUUUGUGACUACCGCUGAGCGUUUCCUGAGUCGUCUUAUCAGCGCCGAGGCUGGGACACGUACCUACCACUCCUCGGUCUGUUUCUCUGAGCUGUUGUUGAACUCUGCCCGUCAGUAUGUGCCUCUUCUCAUCAUAGGUGCACGCGUGACCAUGUUGUUUCAUCUGUUCAUACUCCUUCAACUCCUGUCAUGCGGACAUCUGGCCUGUACGAGGAGGUUACUGUCGCAACAUGAAGACCAAGAAGUGUUUGUAGAUGAGGGGGACGCCAACUCGUUCCUGGGUCGCCAUCUGCUGUUCAACCGGUUUGACUUUGAGAUUUUCGUCCCUGGAAAUCUGGAACGGGAGUGUUAUGAAGAAGUGUGCAAUUACGAAGAAGCAAGGGAGGUCUUUGAAAACAUCCCGGCUACAGAUGAUUUCUGGAAGAAAUACAAUGCAGAUAAGGACAAGCGCUCUCGGGUUGAUGUGACAUCUCUUUUGGUGGGACUGAUCGCUGCUGGAGUGGCCAUUGUUAUCGUUGGCCUCCUGAUCUGGUAUUUUUGUCAAGAAAAAUGCAAGAACAACUUCAGCCGUGCAAACUCCAUUCGGGCGCGACCGAGGAGGAGUAAUGCUUCUCUAAUAAUGCGACGGCUGGAGGAGGUGUCCUUACAACCUGUGCUCCCACCUGUACCCCCACCCCCUAUGGAGGAAAUAGACCCACCAGGACUGCCUUCCUAUGAGCAGGCAAUCGCAAAGAGUGGACCACAUGAUGCGCCGCCUCCUCCCUAUCCUGGCUCACAACCUGGAACUAUUCGGCGGUAGUAUCUUCGGGACAACAUCUCCGCGUGUGUGCCAGCAUCAAGCAGACACUUUAGGUUGUGCUGCUCUGCUUAGCAUUGUAUACCAAGUUUUCAUCAUCACAAGAUUCAAAACACUUCUUUAUGCCUGUUUUUUUAUUUCCCUGAUCAUCUUUCUCCACUAAUGCAUCUCUAACCUUUCUGGUCUGUUGGUUUACAUUUUCCCUAACAGUGUAAUCCCCCUUCUAAUGUGCCUCUACUACUGUAUCUGUUCUCCCAGGUGUGAUUAUGCUCUGUAAUAUAACCUCAACCCUGUGCUGAAUAAGCUUUUACACAGUUUGCUGCUUUUUGUAUAAUGAAAAUGAAGAAUCAAUAAUGUGUUUGGACCUGAGAGAUUUAAGUUGCUGGAGUACUUAGGCCCUUAAGGAGCGACUGCUUUAGGCACAGCAUGCGUAGAAGGAGUGAGAGGGAGAUUAUGAUUAUGUUUCAUUACACGAUAAGUAUUACUCGUAAUUGAAGAGAGACAGACUGAUUGUGUUGUCGUGCACCUCCCUGUCUCCCUCAGAAGGAAAAAUAGUAACAGCCAAACUGAUUUCAGUGGCGUGAUGGUAUUAUAUAUCGCCAUACAGAAAAUCCUUUUAUAAUAAGGAUAAUACAAGUGUUCUUGGUGUACUGGCCUACCAGCUUGCUUUGUUAAGAUUCACUUUGUACUUUCAUAUCAUCAUCUUUUACCUCUUUAAAUGUGCUCUUAUAAUAAGUGAAGUCAUGUUUACGUUCAAUAUAUUAUGGUUAAUUAUUAAAUGUACUAGAAAUGGAAAGGCAGAUUUACCAUAUUUUAUUUUUACACAGCAGAAUAUUUUACAAUUCUACAAUAAGAAUUAUAGCUGUGAUUGAUGUGACGGCUAAAACAUAUUUCAGCAGUCGGGAUGUGGCACAGCAGUAACAGGCAACUGUGCCUUAUGCAAGCCUGUCGGACGCUGGUGUCUCAUCGUCAUCAGCUGAUACAGUAAAACAAGGGUAAAGAAGUUAUUAUGUCCCUGUAAAUUACCAUUAUAGAGUUUCAUCAUGACAUUAUGAGAACGUGUUGAGGGCCUGCUGUGUUGAAGCUGAUCUGAAAUAUAACUACUUGAAAAUCUUUUAUAGAUGUUUUAAUAAAAGAGAUAUUU